UCCAAUCCUCAGUGAAUCUCUGUCUCGUCAUGAGGAAAAUUAAGGGGAGCAUAACUUCUUUCUGUGUCCUGCUUUUCACAAUUUUAUGGCUGGACGGUACUCUUGCUGCACCAUCCUACUGUGCACAAUGGCUAGCACCGUACGUGAACUCAAAUCCUUCGAGUUUGGCAUCCACGGAUAGCUCAGUGAUUGAAAAGCAAAAGUUGCUGAACCAGGCUAAGUUUCUACUCAACCAGCUGUCUUCAUCCAGUCCGACUUACUCGUACAAUGUUCCAAGUAUCGGCGCAGCCUCACCCUCAGUCGACACUUCGACUAACAGAGCACGUGAUGAUCAAGUCGCUGUCCUCUUUCAAAACUUGAUCACCCAACUUGGAACUAUCAAUUCAAACAGUGUCAGCGUAGCUAAUCAUCCAUCGGCCUCACUAGCUAUUUCUGAUGUCACGAUCAACGCUUUAACUAUUCAGUACAAUAAUGUCAAGGGUCUGGUUUCUAGUUUUAUGAAUCGAAGAAGUGCAAGGGUUGUAAAUACAGCAUUGGAUGCUCUCUACAAAACGAUCACCAAUAUUGUCACUGGACAGCUCCGUAAUGCUGAGCUGCCGAACCUGUGCAGCAAAGCGAUUGUGUUGAAUAGAGAAUUGGAGGCUACUGAUGCACCGAGUAAUGUGACAGAUGCGGUAACCGAUUGGAUUACAUCAUUGACCCUGGCGUUGACUGGGCAGAGUCAAAUCUCACUUUCGGCAAUUUGCAGUACCUUGAAUGACCUGGAAACAUCGGUUGUAACAGUGGUUCAAAACGACAACUCCGAAAAGCUGCAAUACCUACUCUCGAAUUUGGUGGAAGCCGUGGUGAAGGCGGUAGUAUCUGGAGGAGGUUCUGGAUGUGAUAUCAUAGAUGUUGUGCGGCAGAAUGUUGCUAUUGUAAAACAGGCUAUUCAAGAGGACGCCAAUGUCAGGGCUGGGAACAUCUAUAAUUCGAUUAUAAAUUUUGAAGAAGCACUAUACAACGUUCUGAUCCAAACGGACCCGACAGCUGUCGUGGUGAGUUCUCAGAGUCUGCCGUUCGAUACAGCCGACCUCGAAACUCUGGAAUCAGAGUAUCUUGUCGAUAUUAGCCAGUUAGCGAAAUCCAUAUUUGGUGAUAAUACGAAACUCGUAAAAUUGGCGAUUCAAAUUUUCCUAAACCUUGCAAAGUCUGAAAACUCAUCGGCUGGAGAUGUGCCCACUUCCUCGGACCCAAGCAAAACCACUCUUUCAACUCUGCAAAAGGUUGACGAUUUGCUGAAAUCCGUGAAUGAGUCUUCACAGACGAAUCCAGUGGGUGCAGUUGAAAUGCUCAUCGCAUUGUUGAGCAACACGCCACAAGACGAUGUCUCAAUUAUUUUAGGCGCUUUAGAUCCUGCCCCCAGUGAUACAAGCAAUCCAGUUCCGCUCUACGACGCAACGGUCAUAGUUAGUAAUGGAGAAAACUUUAUCAUCAAAGAGCAGGUUCUGGAACUGAAAGAUUCGGGUGGAAACGUCCUCAAAAGCGUGCGCAGUGGAACGUACAAGUUCACGGACCCUAACACGAAGAUCUCGUGGUCUGGGUCGUACGGCGUUCAGAAUAUGACAGUUGAUUCUGCUGACGAUGGGAUUACUGUUUAUGAAAGAUCUGGGGUGUGCACGACGUAUCUACCACAGGCUACCUCCAAUUUGUCUACUGCACCGCGGAUCAAAAGGCGAGCACAUUACACGGUACAAGAAACUAUCGUUACGGGGACCUCUGAUGACGGGAGCCCGACGGUAAAUGACAUCGGUACAUACACUUUGACGGAUCCCGUUACUGGUGCUUUUGUAUCUGGGACCUUUGUCGUUGAAAACAGUAUAUUCAAAUUGAAUGCUGACGGUAGUAAGGAAAUAAUCAAGUCAGGAGUACUGGCUGUACAGGAUUCAGAUUCUACAUCAUCGAGUGAUGUACUUUCCACUCUUGGCAGCGGUGACUAUUCCCUGAUCAGUUAUCAUAUCUUCAACGAAUCAGAUUACAAUGGCAACCUUGGUACUGGGGUUGUCGAAAUUACAGAUCCUGAAACUGGAAAAUACGAGUCAGGGACUACCGUGGUUCAGCAGAUGACCAGCAUAACAAAUCCUGAUGGAUCCGACGAUACGACGAUAACUGCGAUAUUGUAUGUUGAUGGUGACGAGGAUACAGCUGGAGAAAAUGUGGUAUUCAAGGAGCACACGACUUAUGUUAUGAACCCCCUCGGGCAAACUAGCCCAGUUACCACUGGUAAAUUCAAUCGAACAAAUCCCACUACUGGCGUGACAAUAUCUGAUACUUAUGUGGUUCAGAAUAUCAUAACAAUCAACAAUCUUGACGGGUCUACGGAUAUCACAAAAUUUAAUAAACAGAGUAGCAACAUUUUAGCUACAAUGAGCAGUUCACCUACUAUCACCAGCGGUUCAUCCACCACAACCAACAGUUCGGCUACCACAACCAUCGAUUCGCCUACCACAACGGGCAGUUCACCUACUAUCACCAGCGGUUCAUCCACCACAACCAACAGUUCGGCUACCACAACCAUCGAUUCGCCUACCACAACGAGCAGUUCACCUACUAUCACCAGCGGUUCAUCCACCACAACCAACAGUUCGUCUACCACAUCCAGCGGUUUGCCUAUUUCAACCAGCGAGUGGCCUACUACAACGAGCAGUUCACCUACUAUCACCAGCGGUUCAUCCACCACAACCAACAGUUCGGCUACCACAACCAUCGAUUCGCCUACCACAACGAGCAGUUCACCUACUAUCACCAGCGGUUCAUCCACCACAACCAACAGUUCGUCUACCACAUCCAGCGGUUUGCCUAUUUCAACCAGCGAGUGGCCUACUACAACGAGCAGUUCACCUACUAUCACCAGCGGUUCAUCCACCACAACCAACAGUUCGUCUACCACAUCCAGCGAUCCGUCUAUUUCAACCAGCGAGUGGCCUACUACAACGAGCACUUCACCUACUAUCACCAGCGGUUCAUCCACCACAACCAACAGUUCGGCUACCACAACCAUCGAUUCGCCUACCACAACGAGCAGUUCACCCACUAUCACCAGCGGUUCAUCCACCAUAACCAACAGUUCGGAUACCACAACCAUCGAUUCGCCUACCACAACGAGCGGUUCACCUACUAUAACCAGCGAGUGGCCUACUACAAUGAGUAGUUCACCUGAUAUCACUAGCGGUUCAUACAACACAACCAACAGUUCGUCUACCACAUCCAGCGGUUCGCCCAUUUCAACCAGCGAAUGGCAUACUACAACGAGCGGUUCGCCUACUAUCACCAGCAGUUCAUCCACCACAACCUACAGUUCGUCUAUUGACAACCGUAUAGGAUCCGCCGCCGAUAACUCUACCACGUCUUUGGCGACAUUAAUCAAAACUAUAAAUCUCCUUGUGAACAUUCUUAACCCAGAGAAUCCAGUUACUCAAAGUUCUUCCACGAACAACUCAGGCCUAGUCACUUCCGGAAAUGUGCCAGCGUCUUCGUCUGUUCCGAUUGUAAAUUCCUUAACUUCGACGAAUGAUUCUACGGUUCAUGGUGUUGAUCCUACAACUAUAAUAAUCGAUGGUGCGGCUUUUAUAUUGGACCAGCACAUGGUACCACAGUUGGAUUCCGAAGGGAACGUUGUGAACGUUACUAAAACUGGGAGGUUCAGUUUCACGGACCCUGUGACAAACGUUUUUUGGUCUGGAAAUGUUGAAGUAAACGACUAUUCAGCAACGUCGAGUUCGCCGGGCGAAAUCGACGUGGUUGAGUCGGGCACAUUUACCGUUAACUUGCCCAAUGAUGCUUUCUGCCUGACUACGAACAUCUCAGACCCAGCCAACUUUGAGAUCCAUGAUAAUGUGAGCGUAACCGUCGACGAUAGCGGAGCUUCCAUGGUGACGGAAGAUGGAACGUACACUCUGACUAAUCCCAAAACUGGUAACUCUGUGACUGGAAACUUCGUCGUUGAGACGAGCGUUUCUAAAUACAAUUCGGACGGCAGUACUGACACGAUCAAAUCCGGAAUCAUGUACGUGACCAAAUUCUGUACUAUAUCUCUCGUCGAAGAGCCCAGCCCGUUGAGUAACGGUGGAUACUUUCUAUUCGACGAUCAUAUCUUUGCAACACCCGAGAGCAACGGACUGGUUGGAACGGGAGUUUACAACAUCAAGGACCCGAACACAAACGAGUAUACUGCAGGAACUUACCUGAUCCAGGAGGCCUCUAAGACUAAUAAUUCUGACGGAAGUUUGAACCUGAAGACCGCUGGCCUUAUUUACGUAAAUUCUUCGUACAUCAGUACGAAUUCAAUCAGCACCGAUUCAACGCUUGCUAUCAUAAAUGGGGCACAAUUCGUGUUCGACGAUCACUUGAUUCGAGUCAAGUCCUAUUCCGGAGAGUUGAACACCGUUGGGACAGGGACUCUCACACAAACAGAUUCGGCAUCGGGCACCGUUAGGACUGGGACUUAUUCUAUUCAGUCAGCUAAGUUUAAGACAAAUUCUGACGGCAGUCAAGAUACGAUCAAAUCUGGCACGUUUAGAUACACGAAUAAUAAUAAUACCAUAUCCGAUUUAUCCCUUACUCUAGCGUCAUUACUCUCACAGUUAAGUUCCGGCUUAAAUUCGAAUUCCAGCUCAGUAAAAUCGCAAGAGCUGAUCGGUAUUCUGAAAACAGUGAAGACAGAGUUGAGUAAAAUCUCUACAGCAAGCUCGAUUUCGCAAACAGAUCGGGUGUUGGGAUCUACAUACGUAAGGCUACCACGAUCAAACGUAGUUUCAGCGCUGAAUGGACAGAAUCUUCAGUCUGGAGAUGCUGUGGCCAUUCAGACUAACAACGGGGAUGCUCUUCUGGCCACAAUUCAGGACCUCUGCAGCCCCGUGACUUUUCAUAUUACAAACUUGGCUGAUCUGGCAGAAGGAUUUGCAAACGCGAAGAGAAUUUGGACCGUGCAUGAGGACAACUUUUCGAAGCAAGAUCGCACCUUCAUCGACGCUCUUCUAGUCUUGAGUUAUGCCUUGUGAUACGUAAAAAUUGACGAUUAUUAUAAUUUGUUAUGCUAUAACUGGCAUAAGAGUUGAAACAGAAGGACAAGCUUGUAUUUUGACACGACAGACGUCUUACGUUACUGGUAUAUUGUUCCUUCUGCAGAUUAGAUAAUGAAUAAAUGUAUAUAGCUGUAAUUAAAGAAGUGUAUAUGAA